AUGUUGAAAUAUUUAAUUAUAUUUGAUCCAUCUAAGAACGGUGAGUUGGAUAGUGAAGCACGAUCCUCAUUAUUGCUUUAUCAUGAAUUUGGGGAUCAAUAUAAUUGUUCAAUAAAUGAAAAAUUAUCUCGUAUUGGUAUCAUCCAAGGUGUAUGGUCAAUGUCACAAGAAAUUGCUGAUGUUGAAGAAGGCUUAGACAAUGAAAAUAUUACUGAAUUGGACAAUGAAAUAAUAUUGACUAUUUUUGUUGAAUCUAGAUUUUUUGUAACGUUGACUUUAUCCAAUAGUGAUACUGAGAAUGUAAUAACAGCAAGAAACAAUGGUAAUAAUUAUGAAUCUUCUACUAAUAUAUCCACUAAUAAGAUACCCUAUCAAUUUUAUUUAAGUCAUCUGUGGUUAUCGUAUAGAUUUUUUCUUCUUCAAUAUGGCACUUUCCAGUCAUUUUGCAAUACAGAUACUCAUACUACUAAACAAUUAACUAAUUUACUUAAUGAACAUAUGAUUCCAUUUUGGAAUGAUAUUUAUUUGAAACCCUCAAUUUUGUUGCGACGUGGUUUAGAUGCUCUAUGGUAUGAAGUUUUUAAAUGUGCAGAGUUUAAUUUGAAUAAUUCCUUAAAACAAUCGGGUGCUAUGGAUAAUAACAAGAAAGAUAAUAUUGAUAAUGGUGGCAGUGUUCAAUCUUGGGAUUCGAUAAUCCUAAGGGAUGUCAUUUUAAAUGAAGAAAGUUUUCCAGGGAUAGUUGAUAUUUUGAUCUAUAAUUUGCCAAGUAAUAAACAAUCUAAAUUUAAGGGAUCAAUAUUAAAAAAACAGUAUGGAUUUAUAGGAAAUUUUACAAACGAUUUGGAAAAUUUAAAUGAUCUAUCUAAUUGGUUAUAUCAUUUGCAUACUUCAUAUGGAACUAUCUCUAAUCAUGUAAUCACUGGUAAUAUGCAUUAUAAGGAGAGGAUUAUCGAUAUGGAAGAGAAUUCUAUGUAUAAUAAUGCCAGGGAGCAAAAUACUACUAUUUCAAAUAAUGGAAAUACUAAUUCUAACACAGAUAAUGAAUAUACAACCAAUUCUUUGGAAAAUUCAAAGUUAAAAAGUGUGAUGAGCACAUUAUCUUCUUAUUCAAAUAGAUUUUUACAUAAUGUUACCCUGCCGAUGUCAUUUGCUUAUGAUGCAAUUCGGGAAAUCGGUGUUACUACAGAAAUAUCGAAUAGUGUGUCUUUAUUCAAGGAUUAUAUUCCACGAUGGUCUACUGAGGCUGAUAAUCCUGAUAAAAAUAAUUGUAUGGAUACAGGUAAUAUUAGUUAUUUGGAAAGAGGUAACAUUCCAAGACAUGGAUUUUUAAUAUCUCCCUUGGCAAAUAAAAACUUACCAAUCUCCUAUAAAAUAAAAAAAUUGCAUUUAAAAUUUAAAAGUCAAGACAACAUAAGAUAUAAUACACUAUUUUGGUUUUAUAAUGAUAUUUUGCUGUUGAUAGUAUGUAAAGAAAAUUUUGAAAAAAUAUGGGAUACUUCCUUUUUAACAGAAAUGGAUAAAUUAUUGACAAAAGGAAUAGUGCAAUUCCAUGAGGAAGUUUUAAAGAAUUUAACACUAUGUGAUAUUGGUCAAAUUGAUAGGAGAUUUGCAUACAUGGUAAUGGAAAAAACUGAUUCAAAUCAAACUCUUAAGACAUCUAUUCCACCAUUUUUUGCUGAGACUUUAUUCAAUUCACUUGAUUCACGGAACAAGGAUAAUGUAUCUCCUCUGGAUUUAGUGUUUACUGGAAUGGAUAAUUGUUCUAUUAAUUUCAAAUCUAUGGGGAAAAUAUUUGGAUUCAUUUCAUGUUUGGAAGAAAAUGAAGGUGGUAAAGAUUAUUCAUGUGAUAGCUUUUUAAAAUCAUUAUCUGAUGAUAAAGCAUGGGAAUUACAAAACAAUAUUGUUGACUUGUUGGAAACCUUUAAAAAUUCAAAGAAACAAUUAGAUAGUGUCAAUGAAGAAAGGUUGUUGAUGUUAGAUAAUGGGUUGAUCUGCUAUAUUAGAAGUGAUCCACAAAGAUUGGUUAUGGUUAUUAAAAAUUGGUAUGGAAUACAGAAAAAUAAGGGUGUACUGAAGUUAAACAGAAAAACUUUAUUAGAUAGUCUUGGGAAAGAUGUUGUUGAUUGGUGGGAACAAUUUCAAUAG